AAAUUAAAUAUUUUGGAAUAAAAAAAUGAAAAAUCUUUCUUUUGUUUUCGUGCCCAACACUUUUAUUAAUUCAUAAAAAACUUCAAAAUCAUUUUAUUAUUUAACAAAAACCUUUAAAUUAAUCCUUGUUAUAAGCACAAAUCGGCAGCGUAUAGAGAAGAAAUAAGAAAAUGAACAGAGACAGUCUACUCGCUCGUGUGGGAACCGGAGCCGCUGUUGGCGGUGCUAUCGGCGGAGCCGUCGGUGCUGUAUAUGGAACUUAUGAUGCAAUUAGGUAUAAGGUCCCCGGAGUCCUCAAGAUUAGGCAUAUUGGGCAGACAACUAUAGGAAGUGCAGCUGUAUUUAGCCUGUUUCUUGCAGCAGGAACCUUGAUACGUUCUCACUAGUUUGUCUAUUGUUAGAUUGUGCAGUCAUCGUGAUGAGUUUUCUUCAAGUGCCGUGUUGUUAACCUUACAGAAUGUAGUAUUUUCGGUGUCCUAACUAAACUAUUAUGCUGCUGCAAUAAAUGUUACUUUUAUUUGCUGGGUCAUCGAGGUUCCCCUACAGAUUCUGCACUUUUCGACCUUUUUCAUGAAACUAAUGUAAUGUUUGGUUCCACAUCCAAUCUAAAAUUAUUACAUUCCAAUACUCUUUUUACCGC